GAGGUGGGUUAGAGAGGAGAGAGGAGAGAGAAAGAGAGGUGGGUUAGAGAGAGUUGAGUUGGUUGGAAGAGGUAGAGACAGUGAUCGUGGGUGGAGGAAUCAUAGGGCUCGCCACAGCCCUCGCUCUGCACAGGUGAUUUGCUGCGCAAUUGGCAGGGAAGAAGAGGCGCGUUGUCUUAAAAGAAGUGAUCUAAUGGAAACCCUAGCACAUGCAUUGCCACUUGAUGCCAUCCGCUUCAAUUGUAGAGCAAUUGAUGUCCAAAUUUCUCCAAAUUCUUUUCCCAUUGUUCAUCUUGAUGAUGGGACUACAAUAUACUCCAAGGUUGUAGUUGGAUGCGAUGGUGUUAAUUCCAUAGUUGCAGAGUCAUUGGGAGUUAGAGCUCCAAGUUUUGAUUCCAUGGGGAGAAUAAGGGUAGUCACCACCUAUCCAGGCAAGGGCCAUGAUUUUGGUAACAAAAGCAGCAGAGUAACAAGUACUCAAAUUGUAUUGGGGAGGAUACCAAUAAAUCACAACUUGGUCCACUGGUUCAUAACCUACUCGAGGCAUGGAGUGAAGAGCCUGGUUUUAGAGAGAGGAGAGUUGUUGAGGUCAGAAGGGGCAGCACUGGCAAUGUGGACCAACGGUUGGCGUGCCCUUGAUGCUCUUGGUGUUGGUGAAACACUAAGACACAAAUCAAUACCAAUACAUACAGUGACCGACGUUUGUUUUGAAGAAGGUCGACAACGAUCAAUUCCUAUUGGGAGAGAUGAGGUACGUUGUCUGAAAAGGAGUGACCUCAUGGAAACCCUAGGAGAAUCAUUGCCACCUGAAACCAUCCGUUUCAAUUGCAAAGUUGUUGGGGUUACAAUCUCUCCAUUUUCUCAUUCAGCUGUUCAUCUUGAGAAUGGGACCACAAUCUCAGCCAAGGUUGUACUAGGCUGUGAUGGAGUUAACUCAGCAGUUGCAAAGUCAUUAGGAUUGAGAAAUCCAUGCUUUGAUUCCUUUGCUGCUAUAAGGGGAUUCACAAGUUAUUCAGGCAAGGGGCAUUGUAUCGGGAAUCAAAUAAUCCGACUAAAGAAUGAUCGCAUGGUCGUUGGGAGGCUCCCAGUCAACCACAACUUGGUUCAUUGGUUCAUAAGCAGGGCAUGGGUUCCUCAAGAUUGCGAGAUUUCAAAGGAGCCCAAACUCAUCAAAGAGGCAGCACUUGGAGCCAUUUCCAAAUUUCCAGACGAGAUAACCGAAAUGGUUAAAAGUUGUGACCAAAGUUGUUUGAGCCUUACACAAUAUCGGGCUCGGUCCCCAUGGGAACUCUUGGUAAGGACGUUGCACAAACACUCAGUAACCUUAGCUGGAGACGCAAUGCAUGCUAUGGGACCAUACACUGGUCAAGGAUGUGCAGUAGGGCUCGAAGACUCUGUCGUGCUAGGACGGUGCCUAGGGUUAGCCAUGCGUGGGUGCCACGAGGAGAGCGAGGAUCAAACUAGGGUUAGGAUCAGCAUGGCUUUAGAGAGAUAUGUAAAGGAAAGGAAGAUGAGAGUUAUAAGGAUGGCUAGCCAGACCUAUUUAGUGGGCUUGCUAGUAAAGCCCUCCUUUUCUCCAUUGAAGCUGAUUGUACUUGUUGUUUUGUUGCUUUUCUUUGGGGGUUUGCAAGGGGGCACUCAGUAUGAUUGUGGUACUCUACUCAGCCCAAAAAGUUAAUUGUGGCAAUCUCUUGGCAUCAUCUCAGAGGUUUUAGGUUCAAUCUUGUUUUGUAUCUUUUAUUUUUCUUUUGGAUACGCUUGGGUGUGGCAUAAGACUUGUUUUAGACUUGCUUGAAGUACUAGAGAGAAAGAAGA